GGCGCUCUACGGUGGCCGACGGGAUGCCGCCGAGGUGUUAGCAACGAGGCGGGAAGCCCCCUCGGGGAGUACGGCGAGCUACGUUUCUCUAGUCUAGCUCCCGGAGUAUCGAGGAGGGUACCCCGGCAGCCGUCACCAUGGUGAAGGAACAGUUCCGAGAGACGGAUGUCGCCAAGAAAAUAAGCCACAUCUGUUUUGGAAUGAAGUCCCCUGAGGAGAUGCGCCAGCAGGCCCACAUCCAGGUUGUGAGUAAGAACCUGUACAGCCAGGACAACAACCAUGCUCCCUUGCUGUAUGGUGUGCUUGACCAUAGGAUGGGUACAAGUGAGAAGGACCGUCCUUGCGAAACCUGUGGGAAAAACUUGGCUGACUGUCUGGGCCACUACGGCUACAUUGACUUGGAGUUGCCAUGCUUUCACGUGGGCUACUUCAGAGCAGUUAUCGGCAUCUUACAGAUGAUCUGUAAAACCUGCUGCCACAUCAUGCUGUCCCAGGAGGAGAAGAAGCAGUUUCUGGAUUAUCUGAAGAGGCCUGGCCUGACCUACCUCCAGAAACGUGGACUGAAGAAGAAAAUCUCUGAUAAGUGCCGAAAGAAGAACAUCUGCCAUUACUGUGGCGCUUUUAAUGGUACCGUAAAGAAAUGUGGAUUACUGAAGAUAAUUCAUGAGAAGUACAAGACCAACAAAAAAGUGGUGGAUCCUAUCGUAUCAAAUUUCCUUCAGUCUUUUGAAACAGCCAUCGAGCAUAACAAAGAAGUAGAACCACUGUUGGGAAGGGCACAGGAAAACUUGAAUCCCUUAGUAGUUCUGAAUUUAUUCAAACGAAUCCCAGCUGAAGAUGUCCCUCUACUUCUAAUGAACCCAGAAGCUGGAAAGCCCUCUGAUUUGAUUCUCACACGACUUUUAGUGCCCCCUUUGUGUAUCAGACCCUCCGUCGUGAGCGAUUUGAAGUCUGGCACCAAUGAAGAUGAUCUGACGAUGAAAUUGACAGAAAUCAUUUUCCUAAAUGACGUCAUUAAAAAGCAUCGGAUAUCAGGAGCAAAGACCCAGAUGAUCAUGGAAGACUGGGAUUUCUUGCAACUACAGUGUGCCCUCUACAUUAACAGCGAGCUCUCAGGCAUUCCCCUCAACAUGGCACCCAAGAAAUGGACAAGAGGUUUCGUCCAGCGCCUAAAGGGAAAACAGGGUCGAUUUAGAGGCAAUCUCUCAGGAAAGAGAGUGGAUUUUUCUGGCAGAACAGUCAUCUCACCUGACCCCAAUCUCAGGAUCGAUGAGGUAGCUGUGCCCGUUCAUGUGGCCAAAAUUCUUACUUUUCCUGAGAAGGUGAACAAAGCAAACAUCAAUUUUUUGAGGAAACUGGUUCGAAAUGGCCCUGAAGUUCACCCAGGAGCCAAUUUCAUUCAGCAGAGACACACACAGAUGAAAAGGUUUUUGAAGUAUGGAAAUAGGGAAAAGAUGGCCCAGGAGCUCAAGUACGGGGACAUCGUGGAGAGACACCUCAUAGAUGGAGAUGUGGUGCUGUUCAACCGGCAGCCGUCGCUGCACAAACUGAGCAUUAUGGCGCAUCUGGCCAAGGUCAAGCCGCACCGGACCUUCAGAUUUAACGAGUGUGUCUGUACGCCCUACAACGCAGAUUUCGAUGGCGAUGAGAUGAAUCUUCAUCUUCCUCAAACGGAGGAAGCUAAAGCAGAGGCCCUUGUUCUGAUGGGGACUAAAGCAAAUCUGGUAACACCAAGGAAUGGAGAACCACUAAUUGCUGCUAUUCAGGAUUUUCUGACAGGUGCCUAUCUCCUCACCCUGAAGGACACUUUCUUUGACCGCGCCAAGGCUUGCCAAAUCAUUGCUUCAAUAUUGGUUGGCAAGGAUGAGAAAAUUAAAGUUCACCUUCCACCCCCGACGAUACUAAAGCCUGUCACCCUAUGGACGGGAAAGCAGAUCUUCAGUGUCAUCCUCAGACCAAGCGAUGACAACCCAGUGAGGGCCAACCUCCGAACCAAGGGCAAGCAGUACUGCGGCAAAGGAGAAGAUCUCUGUGUCAAUGAUUCCUACGUUACUAUCCAGAACAGUGAGUUGAUGAGUGGCAGUAUGGACAAGGGAACUCUGGGGUCCGGAUCCAAGAACAACAUAUUCUACAUUUUGCUGCGAGACUGGGGGCAGAACGAAGCGGCCGAUGCGAUGUCACGGCUUGCCAGGCUGGCUCCUGUCUACCUCUCAAACCGUGGAUUCUCCAUUGGGAUUGGUGACGUCACACCUGGUCAAGGACUGCUGAAGGCCAAGUACGAGUUGCUGAACGCUGGCUAUAAAAAAUGUGACGAGUACAUCGAAGCCCUGAACACAGGCAAGCUGCAGCAACAGCCUGGCUGCACCGCUGAGGAGACUCUGGAGGCUCUGAUCCUGAAGGAGCUGUCUGUGAUCCGUGACCACGCAGGCAGUGCCUGUCUCCGGGAGCUGGAUAGGAGCAACAGCCCGCUCACCAUGGCUCUGUGCGGCUCUAAGGGUUCUUUCAUUAACAUAUCACAGAUGAUUGCCUGUGUGGGACAGCAGGCCAUCAGUGGCUCUCGAGUGCCAGAUGGCUUUGAAAACAGGUCCUUGCCUCACUUUGAAAAACACUCAAAGCUCCCAGCUGCCAAAGGCUUUGUGGCUAAUAGCUUUUAUUCCGGUUUGACACCAACCGAGUUUUUCUUCCACACAAUGGCUGGCCGGGAAGGUCUCGUCGACACAGCCGUAAAGACCGCUGAAACAGGGUACAUGCAGAGGAGGCUCGUCAAGUCCCUUGAAGAUCUGUGCUCACAGUAUGACCUGACAGUCCGAAGCUCUACGGGUGAUAUUAUCCAGUUCAUUUAUGGGGGAGAUGGCCUAGAUCCUGCAGCUAUGGAGGGAAAAGAUGAACCGUUAGAGUUCAAAAGAGUUCUGGACAACAUCAAAGCAGUCUUCCCGUGUCAGAGCGAGCCUGCGCUAAGUAAAAAUGAACUGGUCCUGACCACUGAGUCGAUCAUGAAGAAGACUGAGUUCCUCUGCUGCCAGGACAGCUUCCUGCAGACCUUAACUGAGACAGGCUAUGAGAAAUAUAAUGAGGAAAUAAAAAAUUUCGUCCAGGGCGUUUCUGAGAAGAUCAAGAAGACCAGAGAUAAAUACGGCAUCAACGACAACGGCACAACAGAGCCGCGUGUGUUGUACCAGUUGGACCGGAUCACCCCCACCCAAAUCGAAAAGUUCCUGGAGACCUGUAGGGACAAGUACAUGAGGGCGCAGAUGGAGCCAGGAUCUGCGGUGGGCGCACUGUGUGCUCAGAGCAUUGGGGAGCCAGGCACCCAGAUGACCCUGAAGACUUUCCACUUUGCAGGCGUGGCCUCCAUGAACAUCACCCUGGGUGUGCCCCGGAUCAAAGAGAUCAUCAAUGCUUCCAAGGCCAUCAGCACCCCGAUCAUCACGGCCCAGCUGGAUAAGGACGACGACGCGGACUACGCUCGCCUCGUGAAGGGCAGAAUUGAGAAGACCCUCCUGGGAGAGAUUUCCGAGUAUAUUGAAGAAGUGUUUCUUCCGGAUGACUGCUUUAUCCUCGUCAAGCUCUCCCUGGAACGGAUCAGACUUCUGAGACUGGAAGUGAACGCUGAGACGGUGCGCUAUUCCAUCUGCAUGUCCAAGCUCCGUGUGAAGCCUGGCGAUGUGGCCGUUCACGGCGAGGCUGUGGUGUGUGUCACCCCCAGAGAGAACAGCAAGAGCUCCAUGUACUAUGUGCUGCAGUUCCUGAAAGAGGAUCUCCCCAAGGUGGUGGUGCAGGGCAUCCCGGAGGUUUCCAGAGCUGUCAUCCACAUCGACGAGCAGAGCGGAAAGGAGAAGUACAAGCUUCUGGUGGAGGGUGAUAACCUGCGAGCGGUCAUGGCCACCCACGGUGUGAAGGGCACCCGCACCACCUCCAAUAACACCUAUGAGGUGGAGAAAACUCUGGGCAUCGAAGCUGCCCGGACAACGAUCAUCAAUGAAAUCCAGUACACGAUGGUCAACCACGGCAUGAGCAUCGAUAGGAGGCACGUGAUGCUGCUCUCCGACCUGAUGACCUACAAGGGUGAAGUCCUGGGCAUCACAAGGUUUGGCCUGGCCAAGAUGAAGGAGAGUGUGCUGAUGCUGGCCUCCUUUGAGAAAACAGCUGACCAUCUCUUCGACGCGGCCUACUUUGGGCAGAAGGACUCCGUGUGUGGGGUGUCUGAAUGCAUCAUCAUGGGGAUCCCUAUGAACAUUGGAACUGGACUCUUCAAGCUGCUGCACAAGGCCGACAGGGACCCAAGCCCUCCCAGGAGACCCCUGAUCUUCGACACGAACGAAUUCCACAUCCCCCUUGUCACAUAGUCCAGGGAGGAGGGGACCAUUCCUGACCUCAGCUCCUUGUCCCAUCUGGAAAGAGGUCGAGACUGGCAGCUGACCCAGAGAGCUUGUGCUCCCUGGGACAGGCCUUGAUAUCCCCACCGUGCCGUCACGCCAAGAAGGCCUCCAUGUCCCCAGGAGCAGCUCGCCCGGGACCCUGAUCACACCACAGUGCCUGGUCGGGAGAACUGAGGUUUGUCUGUUUAAAGCCCUAGCCUCACCAGGAGGACCCGGUCAGGCAUCUUUGCUCAUUCUCACCUCACCCUUCCAACCACUGGCUUUCAGGAGUGUCACACCAUGACCCAGAGCCAGCUGUAAGCCCCAAGACCAAGGCCUGUUCCUGGUUUUUCUGUUACUCAGUCAUGCUCGAAUCUCUUCAUGUGGUCUACUCAUGUAAAUAUUAUCACUGUUAUUUAUUUGUUCAGUUUGAAGAACUUGGAGUUGUUAUUAUUUUGGCUUUACUUUUGAAAUUUGAAAGCAAGAGGCUAUAGAAACCAAGAAAGCCAGCAUUGCGCUGUCACCAGAAAAAACUGGUUAAGCAGAUGGGACCGCCUAGGAUUUGUAACUAAGCUAAAACUGUCAUGAGGCCCAAGCUGCUCUGAAACAUCUUUUACAGACACCUCUGACCACCCCACUGUUUUUGUCUACCUCUGACCUCCAUGGGGGGAGCCUGCUGUGUGACAAGAGCAGGACCCAUUGCUCACGGCCAAUAGAAGCCUUGCUGGAGUUCAGAGCCCGCGGCGGUGGAGACGGUCAGUGUGCAUGGAGGUGAUGGGUGAGGCUGGUCCAGGCCCCUGCACUGCCUGGGUGGUGACCACACCCCCCGAGGUAUCCAUGUGGCUGCCCUGCCUCCACAUCCGCCGAGCAAGCAGGGCAGGUGCAGAGCUACGGCCUAAAAAGUGCCCUGGGGGCAGAGGUGGGGUAGGGCCUUUCUGGGUAGAGGCAGGGGUGGAAGGGCCACUCAGACAGGAAGGGAGGAGGCCCACGUGGGGGUAGAGAGGGAACAGAGGUGGCGGCAUGCCCAUUGGGCAGUAGCAGGCGAAUGGAAGAGUAAAUCGGUAAUGAUCGAAAGCACCUAUCAGGCCGGCAGGAGACCAGCAGCGUGUCCCAGGAAGACCCCACAAGGCUUGUGAUGGGGGUUUGUGCAACAGAGGAAAGAAAUGUACACAGCUUAUCUUAGCAGAAGGGUUUCACUGCCAGAGACCGUGAUUCUUUGUACUGGAUUUGCUCCGUUAAGAUUGGGCCAGGAUCACAGAUAAGAAAUGAUAUGGCUGCCACUCUCUACUCCCUCUGGAGAAUGUUCCGUGAAGCCUGCCCUGCCCUUCCCUCUCUGGAGCCAAGUCCCACUGCUCUGGCUCUUCCUUCCUCGCCAGGGGGCCUUGGAAAACCAAGGCUGCUUAGUUGGGAAUGAGAUGAUCGUGAAAGUGCGGCUUUGACCCUACCUUCUGGCUCCAUGCAUCUGGGAAGCUCUACUUCUGAAGCGACAUUGCUAAUUUUUCUCAUAUCCAGCCCUUGCAAGAAAACAGCCGCCCAAACUGAAGAGAUGUGAGUUUGUUGUUGAGGGAGAAGAUGGUUUGGCUGAUUAAAGAGGUGGGUGUGGAGGGGGGAAAAAAAAGGUAGACCAGGCACUUACAGAGUUCAGGUUGUAGUGCAAAGAGUCACAUUUUGCUUCUUGGGACAUUCUCUAGCUGAUUUCCGAAGUUCUGAGUUAAUGCUGCUAAGAUACUUCAUGUAACCAUCUGCUGUGGGGUCUGUGUUAGAAUGAAUGCUUUCUCUCCCAUCCUGAUGGGAUUCCUGAAUUCAGAAUUCUUGACCUGAACCUUUGGCCAUUCUCUGGUUUAAAAUUCUGUUAAAAUUAAUUUGGCCCUGGGGUCUCCCUGCACCCAUGAGGUUGAUUCAGGAAGUUCUCUUAAGGUGAAAAAGUAUCAUUUUUCAUGUUCCAUAUGCCCCCCCAUGCCCACCCCUGUAUCUCUGAACUAAGCUAGCCUGGUUCGCAACACAGAUUAAGCCUGUUACAGGGGCGCCACCUGAAACCUCACCACGGGCCUCGCUUCCCUUGUACAACCUGCGAAGAGCCACAGUACCACGGCUGCCUUCCUGAAAACCUGCCUGGGGAAUAAGCCUCGGGCCUGCUCAGAUCCAGAACUACGAGAGAAGGCACACGAGGCCUGUGGGAGGAAGGACUCCCAGAGUGGGAGGGAGCACCGACGCCCGCCUUCCUCUGUGUGCCGCGUACCUGAACUGGGGAGGGGAGCCGGUGUGCGCCACUGUGAGUAAUAAAGACGGCCCCACCGGGAGCCUCAUCCUGCUUGAGCAAGGCCUCUGGGUGCCGACAAGCCCGGGUGAGAGGUGUGUGAUCGUGCUGCACGCAGGCAGGGGGCGGGGGUCGAUCAGCGUGUGGCAUUGCGGGGACAGAAGGGUUACAUGAAGCCGUGCACCCCCCAGUCCGAGACCAUGUGUCCUGCGGGCGAGUGUCCUCGUAGCCCUGCAGCCCUGCCGGGACCCCAGGCAGAGGCGGCAUUGCCUGGCGAGCCCUGCUCUGUGCUCCCUGCCGUGUGUGUGCCGUAGGUGGGUGUGCAAAUGGGAUGGGAUGAUCUGCUGCCCUGGUGCUGGGCUUUAUGCAAGCACAGAACUCAGACACCAGAUCCAGAGAGCAAUGUCUUCUCAAGAGUAAGCUCCAUAGAAGGUUGGUAUUUUACUCUGGCCCUGUUGAGGAAGAAAUAAGAAAAAUACAUUUUAACAGUCUCAUCCAUUAACAAAUUCAUAUUUAUUCUGACUAGUCAUGUGUCCAGUCCUUUGCCCUUUUUACGUCUUUUGUACAAGGGGAUUAAAAUAGCAAUUGACUCAGUGACAGCCCCCUGCUUGUUCAGCGCUUUGGGGGUGGGAGAGACAUUCUGGAGUCUCCCAGUGUCUGUGUCGGAGUCAAAUCAUGGUGCUGUGUCUCUGUUUCAGGGUUUAUCCAUGUGUAUUCACAUUGAUUCAUGUCUGACUGACACCAUAUGAUGAUUAUUUUUCUUGAAUUUUGGCUGCCUCUAGACAGAACUCUACUUUUUUAGGAAAACUGAAAUAAGGAAAACUUACUCUACAUAUAACGGUAGCAGUUCAUCCCUGUGGGUUGUGAAAAAGGGUGACUGGGAUACGAAUGGGCUCCAACUCCUACAAUAAUUAAUGUCCCCUGCCACAAGCCCACCCCUCGGGUGCUGGAGGUCAGCAGUGAGCUCUGCGCCCCUCCCCGCCCCUGUCGUGUAGCUAAUUCAAGCCCAGUGGGACACAAUGCAGUAUCUCCUGGAAGUACCACCUAGCUGGGAUCAAGUGCCUCGCCUAACUGUUCAGAAGUUUGUUCAGCGAAUAAAGGCCUACUAUGUUCUAGGUACUAAAAGAGCAGCAGUAAAUAAAACUGGUAAAUCAGAUACCAGUACAUCUAAAAACAAGUCUUCAGCAGAAGGGACAGAGCCAAGAGGUGGUAGAUCAAGCCUGCAAAUAUGUGUCCAGCACUGUCUAGGGUCCCAACUACAGAACUGAGGGUCUUGGGGCGUCUGGCACCUCCAGCUCACUGGAACAAAGAGAACGGUCUCUCGGCCAGCACAGCCCCUGGUUCCAGCCCCUCUGCAGUGCCCUUCACACCGCUGAUUGGCCUCCAUCCCUUGGACUGGGGUUCUAGAGGGUGGGCCCUGAGCAGAGGACACAAGGCUGCAGUCACCGGGAAAGGAGGCUCCCAUACUUACCCCACGUUCCAUGUACAGUGUUCAUAAGCAGACAUUUAAGUCCAUGAAGGUUUGCUAAGCUUCUGCUCUGUGCCAGGUGGUGUGCGGGCCUCAGAGAAAAUCCCUGCAUGCAUGGGGCUUACCAUCUGGUCAGGGUCAGCUUGUGGUUAAGAGCCUGGUUUCUAUGAACAGACUAUCAGAAUGCAAAUCCCAAUUUCCGCUUUCUGUCUGGUGACCUUAAACUAAUGAUUUAACCUCUCUGCCUCAUUUAUAAGGUAGGAAUGCUAUUUAGUGGUACCUGACUCCUAGGGUCGUUGUGAAGUUUCAGUGUGAUUUUGCAUAUAAGAUCCAAGUACGGUGUCUGGCACAAAGGACACACUCAUUAAGUGUGUUUGCAGUUAUGGUGACCAUCAGUACUUUUACUAGAAAACAUGGUCUGAGAAUUCAGUACCAAAACCCAAACUCGGGGCGCCUGGGUGGCUCAGUUGUUAGGCGUCUGCCUUUGGUUCAGGUCAUGAUCCCAGCAUCCUUGGGUCGAGCCCCAUAUCGGGCUCCCUGCUCAGCGGGAAGCCUGCUUCUCCUCCCACUCCCCCUUCUUGUGUUCCCUCUCUCACUGUCUCUUUGUCAAAUAAAUAAAAUCUUAAAACAAAAACAAAAACACCAAACUCUGGAUCCUUUUUUUUUUAAGAGCACCUGCAAGCCUGUUCAUAGUGGGGGGAGGGGCAGAGGGAGAGAGAAUCUUAGACAGGCUCCACAGUCAGCAUGGACCAGGGCUCGAUCUCACAACCCUGAGAUCAUGACCUAAGCCGAAAUCAAGAGUCAGCCACUUAACUGACUGAGCCACUCAAGCGCCCAUAACUCUGACCCUUUUAAGUCACCCAGAUGGAGCUGUCCUUUGUGGCCUUGGGGAUCCAGCCUCUCGAUUCACAGCUUCUGCCCCACAGUCUGUUUGAUCAUUGGAUCUGGGAAGUAUUUCAUGCCAGGGAGUAAAAGCUAGGGAAGAGGACUGACAUUUGGCAGUCACAUGGCUGAGGGCUUAAACAUUUUAAUUGGGGCCAUAAAGUAAAUGUGACUUCAUUGUAAGAGUUGUGAGCAGUAGCUCAGAGUUUUUGUAGAGGUGGAUAUGGAUGUAUUUAUAUAGAUUUAUUGUAUAACAGGAUAUCCCAGGAGUUGGGACAUUUUUCUCUUUAAAAAAGAGGUUACCAUUUAAAAGUCUUCCACACACUGGCAAUAAUGGUUGCCUCUGGCAAUAGAAACAGUGACUGAAGGACAGAGGUGUUUUUCACACUAUGCUCUGUUGUUGUGCCUUUCUAAUUUCGUUCCUGCUGAAGGUAUUGCCAAUAACUGAUGGUAAAGAAAUCAAGUCAUCUUGAAGCAGGCUUCGUUCUCGGCGAGUGCUCAAGUGCUCCGUUCCGAGAGGAGUGGUCUCUUCCAGUUACACAGAGCCAGGAAGCGCCAGAGAUGCAGGGAGGACAUUGUUCCUGGGGUAAGGUGACCACGAAAUCUCUCGUGGCCACGGCCUUACAGCUCCAAGAUUCUCUCUUCUGACGUAAGACCGUAGUGGGCAUCACAGGGCUGAAAUGGCACUUUCACUGAGCUGUCGGACCCAGGCCCUGCCAGGCCCCCCUCCACCAGCUCUAGGUUCCGGCUCUGUGCAGGGCCGCCUCAUGGUGCAGGGCCGCCGCUCCAUUUCCCAGCAUGCUAGCCAGAAGACAAGGAGAAAGAGAGGUAUAGCACUUUCCUUUAAGGAAAGUUCCUGAAAGUUGAGCGAUGUUUCUAUUUCCAUCCCUUCAGCCAGAACUAACCGAACCAGGCUCCAAGGGAAGCUGGCAGAUGGCACUGGGGUUCUGGGCAGCCAUGGGCCUAGCUAAAAGUGGGGGCUUCUGUUAGCAAAGCAAACAGGAGGAACAGGAAGUGGGAAACAAUCGUGUGUCUGCCUCUGGUGUAUCAGGACCUUUGGGGGUUUCUUUUUGUUCAUUCGUUGUUGUUUUGAUUGACAAAGGUCUGAAUAUCCCCCUGAGCCCCUCAGAAGAAACGGACUGAAACCCUGACCCCUUCAUUCCCACUUUUCUUUUGCCUUUCUGGCAAAUCUAUGCCUGAGGCUUUUUGUUUUGGCUUGGCGGUGGUUUUUUUGCUUUUGUUUGUUUUUUUGGCUUGGUUUUUUGUUUUUUAAUAAACUGACAUUUAAA